CCUUCAUCCACAUCUCCAAAACCGCAUCACCUUGUCCCCCCUUCUAGUCUUCUACCUUCCGCUCUCAUCCGCUGCCGGUUCGGGGAAGCGCUCUGCUUGCAGAUUGCAGCCGAAUGGCGGCAGCGGCGCGACCAUCCAACGCCGCUCUUCUUGCGCGGCUCAGGGACGGCACGGCCAAGUUCGAGCUCCUCGAGGACUCCGCGCCCGCGCCAGAUCCUCCGUCCUGGCCCCGCCUCCACUGCUUCGCCAGGAUUGCCCCCUCUUUGAGGGGCGGAUGGUCGGCGGCGCUGAACAAGGUGGAGAACUACGGAGUUCAGAGGGUCACCGGUGAUGGCCGUUGCAUGUUUCGAGCAUUGGUUAAAGGAAUGGCAAAGAAUAAGGGGAUUCCUUUGACACCUAGGGAGGAGGUACAAGAUGCAGAUGAUUUACGGAUGGCAGUGAAAGAAGUUAUAUGUGAUAGCGCAACCGAGCGACAGAAGUAUGAAGAAGCUGUUAUUGCAAUUACCGUGGAGCAAUCAUUGAAACGCUACUGCCAAAGGAUAAGGCGGCCUGAUUUCUGGGGUGGAGAGUCAGAACUCUUGGUAUUGUCUAAGCUGUGCCGGCAGCCAAUCAUUAUUUAUAUUCCAGAGCAUGAGUACCACGGUCGGGGUAAUGGCUUCAUUCCCAUAGCUGAGUAUGGGUUGGAAUUUACCAGAAAUUCGAAGCAGUGGAAGAAAAAGGCGCCAGUAAGACUGUUAUACAGCGGGAGGAACCACUACGAUUUGUUAGUAUAACAUGUUUGCGGAAUUGGUUCAAAUAUAAAAAUAUCAAUUUUGAGUAUCCGUUGUCAGGGUGCAGAAUUGGCUCAAUUACCAAAAUAUCAAUUUUGAACAUCCUUUUGUCA